AUCAGGUGCCCUGGAUCUCACUCACUUCUUUAUCCUUAAAAUGAAGGGUUUGUUUCCAUAGACGAUCAUGAAGUUCUAUUCCAGCUCUGUGAUAUCUGAUUUCAGUAAGCCGCUACUGUUGGUGUCAUGCAAGAAUCUGGUCGCACGGACUAGAACUGAAAGAUACUGGAUGGUCAGAGAACUUUAAGUCUGAAAUUUUGCAUCCCUGUCCUGAACAACAGAGCCUUGAUUGGUGUAAACUACUUGUGCAGACAAAGGUACUGUCCACCAUCAAGUCUUACUUGUAGUUCCACUGGACAACCGUGAUUAGAAAAGCUCCUGAGACAAAAUUCCAAGAAAAUCUGAUAUAAAUGAGCAACAAUUCAACAUGUAUUCAACCAUCCAGGAUCUCUUCCCUGGCUUUGCCAAUCAUUUACACCUUCCUCUGCAUCAUUGGUCUCUUUGGAAAUUCUCUCUCUCAAUGGGUAUUUUUAACAAAGAUAGGCAAGAAAACAUCAACGCACAUCUACCUAGCACAUCUUGUGACUGCAAACUUACUUGUGUGCAGUGCUAUGCCUUUCAUGGGUAUCUAUUUCCUAAAAGGUUCUCAAUGGGAGUAUCGAUCUGCACAAUGCACAGUGGUCAAUUUUUUGGGAACUCUAUCCAUGCAUGUAAGUAUGUUUGUUAGCCUCUUAAUUUUAAGUUGGAUUGCCAUAAGCCGCUAUGCUACCUUAAUGAAAAAGGACUCAGUACAAGAGAUCACUUCGUGCUACGAGAAAGUAUUUUAUGGCCAUUUACUGAAAAAAUUUCGCCAGCCCAACUUUGCUAGAAAACUGUGUGUUUACAUAUGGGGAGUUGUACUAGGCAUAAUUAUGCCAGUUAUCAUAUACUACUCAGUUGUAGAGGCUACAGAAGGAGAGGAGAAUGUGUGCUAUAACCGGCAGACGGAACUAGGAGCCAUGAUCUCGCAGACCGCGGGCCUCAUUGGAACCACAUUUAUCGGAUUUUCCUUUUUAGUCGUACUAACAUCAUAUUACUCUUUUGUCAGCCAUCUGAGAAAAAUAAGGACCUGUACAUCCAUUAUGGAGAAAGAUCUGACUUACAGUUCUGUGAAAAGGCACCUUUUGGUCAUCCAGAUUCUACUAAUAGUUUGCUUCCUUCCAUACAGCAUUUUUAAACCCAUUUUUUAUGUUCUACACCAAAGUGAAAACUGUCAGCGACUGAAUUAUUUAAUUGAAAUAAAAAAUGUCCUCACCUGUCUUGCAUCAGCUAGAAGUAGCACAGACCCCAUUAUAUUUCUUUUUUUAGAUAAAACGUUCAAAAAGACACUAUAUAAUCUCUUUACAAAAUCGGAAUCCCCACAUAUACAAGCCUAUAGUUGACUUCUGAAUAGAAAACACCACCAAACAGAAAAGUGUUUAUAUGGCUACUAGGGAUAUUGAACUACAUGAUCAACAGGUCACAGCUUGCUUGAAAAGCAGGCAGUAGGAAAACCUCUUCGGUUUUAGAAAUAAUCAUAAAAUUCAUUUUACAGCUCUACUAAUACUGCAAGUUGAGAUGGCAGAGCCUCUCAGAGGCAAAAGUCAAGCAUAUUAAAAGGAUAUCACUGCAUAUGAAAGCAAAAGACCAUUUUCUCUUUAAACGCAACUAUGUAUGCUUUUCUUUAAAACACAACAGGUCAUGACUGCAGGAUAAAGCAGCAAAUGGUUUAUAACUUUUCUGCUUUCUAGUAGUUGCAGUGUAAGGGCCAAUCUAUGGCUAGUGUUUUUUGGUAACUUUAAAAAUGAGUAAAAGAAAAAAAGUGAAUCAGAAAUUAUGUCGCUCAAGUCCUAUCCAGAUGUAUGAAUAGCAGAGUGUAAAAAUCCAAGGUUUUAUAAAGGCAUUAUCUUGUAUCAUCUGCUUAUGUUACUGGGAGAAGCAAUAUUCAUUGAUUCCCAUAUUUAUUAAGCCAGUGUUUUUAUAAAUAUAUUUGAAUAUUUGGAUUAAUUUUGGUCAAAAUAAAGAGCGAAUAUGAUGUCAUUAUAUGCCUAUCUUCAUCACAUCUUGUAAAUUUCCCUCUGUAUUCAAUAUAAAUAAUGUAAUUAAUGACAAAUGGUAUCUGGCAUGCAGAUAUGUCUAAUUAAUUUUUGUGCAAAUAAAUGAAUGAAUAGUAAGGGCAGUAUAAUAGUAUUGUUGUUGAGAGAUUGGUCUCGAGUUAGAUUCCCUGGGUUCGAUCCUAGCUGAAGCUCUUAUUUAGCCAGAGAAUUCUCAGUAAACUACUUAACCUCUUAAAGUGUUAAUUUCAUCAUUUGCAGAAUGGAAAAAUACUAUGUAAUUCAUAGGUACUAUUAUUAAAUCAGAUGAUGUUACUAUUCUGAGUAGCUGUCAUUCACUAAGCAUUUGCUAUGUGCCAGACACUCUGUUUAUAUGCUUUGCAUGUAUUUUAAUCAUCACCACCAUAAAGGAUGCCAAUUUGCUGAUGAAAAACCUGAAGUGCAUAGAUAAGUCACCCUAAUUUUCUCCAGUACCUAAAUAAAUAUUUAAACAGUAA